AUGGCCACCACCACCAAGGGCAAGGUGUCCCAGCCAGCCGCGAGGCACAGCGCCUUCCACGACUCGGACGACGACGACGACAAUGACGCCGCUCGCUCCACCCAUCGCUCAUCUGGCCGUCAAGAGGAGAUCGUUUCGUUUGGCCGCAACGGCGCUCAAAAACGUACAUCGUCUCCUCCUCGCCCCACAGCACCACGCGUAAUCCCAGUCGCAUCCAAUCUCGAUUGGCGCCAAGAUCGCAAGCAGCGCAUGGGCAUCGCCACCAACUUAAAGUCACUCGGCCCCCUCGUCUCCAUGAGACGCGCAGACUCGUCCGUCGUAUCAGGCCCCUCCCAAACCCACGACAAUGACAACGCUGCAGACGCCAUCAACACCGAUGCUCAGAAAAGCGGCUUGGAAAUUCGCCAGCCGAGGACUCAGCAGACCGCCUCAUCCAACCCUGACUCGCGACCAGUACCCGCCGAUUCCGAAGCACUACCAGCGCCCGCACCACAUGCAUCCGUUCAAGGCACCGACGAGGAGGCACUCAAAGCUCUCCUGGCGGGCGAAAACGGCUCUGCAGAAGCUGGAACUCAUCUCAUCAUCCCACAGGAGGACGAAGCCGAGUUCCUCCAGCACGACAUCGAAUCCAGACCAGAGGCGCCUUCGCUCGAUGACUAUGCAGCACUUCCCAUCGAGCAGUUCGGCAUGGCCCUGCUUCGUGGCAUGGGCUGGAAGGAAGGCAUGGGCGCAGGGAAAGGUGGCAAGGGUCCACAGCAAGCCGCCGAGCCCAAGAAACGAGCCGCCUUGCUCGGCCUCGGCGCAAAGGAGAGGGCCGUUCCGGCUACAGGUUUGCCUUCCUCGUCCUCCUCCCACAAGCAUCGAUCCUCGGGUAAACGCGACUACAAGUACGUUCCCAUCACAAGAGCCGACAGUCCAGCAACUUCAAACACAGAUCCUCCAUCGCGCCACUCCAGCCGCGACGGCGACAAGCCUCGCAGCCACGCAUCAUCGCAUCGCGACGAGCGCAGAACAGACACGUCCGAUCGCCAUGCUGCCCCGCGCGACAGCACCAGGCACACCGACUCGCACUCGUCUCGAAGACGCUCUCGCAGUCCUACGGCAAGAAGGCAAGAUCGACAUCAGACCAAUGCAAGGGCGGAAGACGACAUAGCCAGGCGCUCUCAUGCCGCUUCCAGCUCCGUUCGUGAGCACAGGCGCGACCGCGAUCGAGACGACAGGCACCGACACGACAAACAUCGCGACGAACGACAUCGAGACCGUCGUCGCUGA